AUGGCAUAUAUCCACGUGCAGUUUGGAGCUGCUUCCACAACAUUCCUAUCUACGUCUUCCUCUGUCACUGUACAUGUCUCAUGCACACGUGUCCACGCAAUCUCCUUUAAAACCAAAAAUGCCACCCUUCACUUCCCCACUCGCUUCUCUUUCCAUGGCUUCCAACGACCUCAAACACCGACUCACACGCGAUGCAGACACCUCUCCGGCCGCCACGAGGAAGAGCAGCGGAGGAGGCAAACGAAUGCUACGAAUUUCUCUAAUAAAAAUCUAGAUUCUGCUUCCCUCCCUCUCUCGCUUUCCGCUUUAUCAGCUUCCAUAGCUUCCAAUCAUGCUCUUACUACGGCAACGGCAAGGCCCUUCUGGUUCCCACCCUCAUGGGCCCUACACUUGACGUGUCCGGCUUCAAGCUUCUUGAUGGGCCUCGCCGCCUGGAUGGUCUGGGCCGACGGAGGCUUUCACAGGAACCCCACGGCUCUCUUUCUUUACUUCACUCACCUCCUUCUCGCAGUACUGUGGGAUCCUCUUGUCUUCGCCGCUGGGGCCACACGUCUCGGCUUCAUCCUCUCUUUAGCCUUGCUUCUCACCCAGCUCGCCUGCUUCCGUGCGUUUCGCCCCGUCAAUCCCAUCGCCGCUGAUCUCGUCAAGCCUUCUUUGGCAUGGAUCGCUUUUCUGUCUCUUGUAAAUCUUAAGCUCCUUUUUCUCUGAACUCAACGCAUCACAUGUCGAUGGACUCCAGACUCUGUUACGUAGUAUGCUUAUGCUUCUGUAUACUAUCACGUCACAUGUUCAUGUUGUAAAUAACAUAUGUUGUACUCUCUUUUCUUUCUUUUUUUUUUCUUUUUUUUCUGCUUUCUGCUCUGCUCUUUAAUUUUACCGUGUUUUCAGAUCUUUUAAAUUUCAGAAACUUUCUACUUUU